UACAGUCGUUAGUGGUACGAGACAUCAAUUUUCAGGGUCGUCAUGUUUCGCAUGUAUAAAGCGGGAUAACGGGAUGGUGCAAGGUAGUGGAAAUGAGUCAUUCGCUAUUGCUCUCUACGACCCGUCGCGUAUAACUGGACAAAUAAGUCGUAAUCGUGCUGCGCUUAAAACGACUGUUCAUACUGUGAAUUGUUAUAGUAACGUUAUGUAAAAAUCUCCAAAUUUUUUUUCUCAAAAUGGUUUGCUAUUAUAGUGACUCAGAGAUUAUCUCAUGUGUUUUAAUACGCAUAAAUUAGUGCCCCGCUGACACCUGAAAUAAUUUUCUACGCGUGUUAUCCUGAUUGUUAGAUUAGAUAUUCUUUCAACAUCUCACAGAUAUAUAUGUCAUUCACCGCCCACGUGAGAUCUAAGUGGUGAAUAUAUAAUGACAAAAAUGUCGCUUAGUUAUCAUGGAGGAAGGAGCAGCAGGUGUGUGAAAGGUAUAUUCACACCUUGACUUCCGAUUAAUCGCCAAUGUGAUGUUGCCGUAAUGUCUCUCACUUUGAGAACAAACAGAUGGGCUUCAAGAAUAAUCAUUAUAUUACAUCUAGUCAUCUGGAACGCCGUCGCUAUCAUCCUUCUUCAAAAAGGUGUUAAUAUCUUGCGGAAGAGAAUACUGGAUACUGGUUACACUAUCGAGACAAAUUCAUCAAUCGAUUUGUCUAUCGAAUCCACCAUCACAUCUAUAAGACGCGCCGAAAAUGAAUAUCUCGCCAUAGUAUCCGCCCAGGAUCAAUUGAUCGAUCGGAAUGAGAAGAUAACAAUUCGAGUAGAUCCAGAAUCAUCUGUACGAAAUGACAAAAAUUAUCCUGGAUUGAAUGUAAUCAAAAACGAGUUCGAGAUCGCUUCGAAAGAGCAACGAUCCACGCUAUCAAAUCCCUUUGAAAAUUCGACAACUGAUGGACAAACAUUACGAAUAGAAAAUCACCGCGAAAAUAAAAGCUCGUCGAGCAAAACCUCUAGGAUAGCUCGGGACAGGGAAUAUUUCCUCGACGAUAGACCCUCGAAAAACACCCACGCAAAAGAGAACGUCACCGGAUCCAUUUCGGAAUCGAAGGAGGAAGGAAAUCGUGAUGCGAAGGAAAAGGAUCUUAAUUCCGUGGACGAUGUAUCGCGCGAAUCAAAAUUCUUUGCUCGCGAAAACAGCGGUCGUCAAGUGACGAACAGUAGCCUUCGGAGGAGCAGCAACAGGAUAAGAUUCUCUCAUAAUAGCGGCGCGGUCACGGCGGUCACUAUGGUAGCGAUCGGAGCGAUUAUGUUGCUGAUAGGGCCGAUCGUGAUUAUUUUACGUAUCCUGGACGAGAGGAAGCAAGCGAGGAAAUUGCAUGCCUUGGCUGCUGCCGCGCGGGAAGAUUUGCCGCCAACUUACGAGCAAGCCGUCUUCUCGAGCGAAGCGCCAAGAUAUUCGUCGCUCGCUUUAAACGACGAUAACUCGCUACCGCCCUCGCCGCCCCCGUCACCCACCUUCGUCUUUUCGAGUCACGUAAUUAAGUCACAUUCUACAUGAAUAGAGUAUUGUUAUCUUUUUAUACAUGUAUGAUACGAGAUGAUUUAUAUAUUUUAAAACCCGGUAGAACAUGAAACUCAUAAUGACAUCAUUAUGACGUCACCUAAAAGUCAUUUUAGAAAAAUCAUAAUGAUCUCAUUUGAUAUGACUUUUGGCAAUGUUUUGGUGACUUAUUUUUGAUGUUAAACAAUUCUAGCGAACUCUGUUGAAGAAUAUAUAUACUUGGCGUAUGAAAUCUUAAGAAUCAAUCGUAAUAAUAAUAUCAUUUUUUUAUAUAUAUUACGCAAUU